UCAAUGAUGUAAAACCGAGUAAAUUUGCCCACAAAAAACAGGAAAAAUGUCGGUGCUCGGUCAUCAUAAGCUGAGCAGCAUUAAGUCGAUGAAAUUGUUUAUCUGUUUCAUUGGGGUAUCAUCAUUCCUGCUGCUGAUAUUUUGUCUCUACACAACGAUAAGCACCCCGGAAAAGGAAGUGGCACCCCUUUCGCUACCGAAUGAUGGCUACCAGAACGUCGUGUCCUACGAGCUGUGGCGUAGCCAGACGAUCGUCCCGGAGAAGUACAACGAACAUCAGGUGAAGGAACGCAUAAUCCGGGAUAAAAUCAAGCGCCUAGUGGCGAACAACAACCAGCAAACGGCUACGGGAGUACCUGCGGCGGAGCAUCGUAACCGAACGUUUCCAAAGAAUCGUAACGUACAGAUAUUUUACCACGCCACGGUAGCGUGGUAUAAACCGAACCCAACGCAUCCGUCCAGUGACCGGUUGAUACAGCGGAUCUACGAAAAUAAUUCCGUGUCCUUCCGGCCGAACGAUGAGCCCAUCAUUAACACGGCCUUCUAUCCGAAGCGUAAGCUGUACAACAGCAGCGAAUCAAUUGUUCGGGAACACUUUGAAGAAAUUCAAAAUUGCGGCAUCGGCACGGUUAUCCUCGGAUGGCACCCCUCUUUCUCCGAGUAUCAACUGCGAAUGAUUUUCAAAGUGGCCCAUGCGAACGACUUGCAGGUGGCGAUCGAGAUCCUGGAAUAUCCGGACCGGACGAUAGAAAGCAUACGAAGUAACAUCAAAUAUUUCGUUGAUACAUUCGGCAAAGGACCCGCACCAACGGCCAUAAGCACACUGAGCUACUACGAUGUGCUGUCGAAGAAACGUGAUUUGCCUCUGUUUUACAUUCGCAAAGCAUACCGCAUUGCGGAUUCCGAGUGGAAAAGAUUACUGAGCCGGAACGGGAUACUUACGAUUCGUGGUACGAGCUACGAUGCGAUCGUGCUCGCACACAUCGCCACCAAAGAUCACAAAUCGAUGGUUCGACGAGCUGGUUUCGAUGGCUUCUACACAUAUCUACCGAGCAAUGGAGCCAAUUACGCGUCCACGUGGAAAAAUUGGAAUCAACUGAAAAGAUUUGCCGACAGCUACCGGUUACUGUUUGUGCCAACGAUCGGUCCUGGAUUUUAUGAUCGUAAAAAGUAUCAACGAAAUAUGAAUCAAAACCACGGCAUGACUAACAUCAAACGGUAUCGCUCCAACGGACAGUACUUUGAUGUUGGAUGGCGUACGGCACUCAAGAACGGUCUGCAGAUAGUAACCAUCAACAGCUACAACAAUUGGGUGGACGGUACGCAGAUUGAGGCCGCGAUUCCGGUGUUUGGUUUCCGCGACUAUCUACCCGGGGCGCCCGAGAAGUACCUCGAUUUAACUCAGUCCUGGGUCGAGGAGUACAUCAAGUACAAACUGAACAACAUAAAACUGAACAAAAAGACCGAGACGACGCUCAACUGUUACGAUUUUCUCAACGCUACUAUAUGUUAAAAUCCCCGGAGGUCAAGCUUAUUACCCUAUCACUCUUAUGAAUGUUAGGAAAAACUGUUGUUCAAACUAGUCGCCUCGCGCAGUCCUGCACAGCGGAGUUGCAAAACAGUAGAUUAAUGGGAGACCCUUAUGUAGAUUAGUGAGACGUUCUAUUCGAACAAAACCAACAUGAACAUGAACAUGAAAUUCAAUGCCAAAGUAUGCAACCUUGCUAGCAUAAAUUAACUCUAGAGAUGUAGUGAUACAGUUUGUUACAAAACCGCAAGCACGCCGUACAUAGAGUGUAAAUAUAUUUUUCAAAACUUCC